GGGCGGGGUGCGGGACGCGGUAGCCGGGUGCGCGCCGCCAGCACCGCCGCGGCACCGGUGCCCGCGAGCCCAGAGCGCGGGGUCCGGGGAUGCGAGCGGCUGGGAGCCGCCGCGCUGCUGAGCCGGGAGAACUCGAUCCGCGGUGACCUCAGCUAGGGGCGAGCGCGGCGGCGGCGGCGAGCCCCACGGGAAUCCUCCGGGCCGGGGUGCGGGGGGGUGGUGGGGUGACGGCGGGAGCGCGGGGCGCAGCCCGGGCGGGGCUGGGACAGUGAUGAGCGAGCGCGCGGGGAGGCUGCACGCCGCCGCCGCCGCCUCCCGGAGCAUCUGCCGCACGAGCUGCUGCCCGCGGACCCGGCCAUGGAGACGCUGAACGGCCCCGCGGGCGGAGGCGCCCCGGACGCGAAGCCGCAGCCUCCGGGCCAGCACCACCGCCACCACCACCUCCACCCUCUGGCCGAGAGGCGGCGGCUGCACCGCGCGCCCUCGCCCGCCAGACCCUUUCUCAAGGACCUGCACACCCGGCCCGCUGCGCCCAGUCCGGCGGUCCCCUCCUCCGGCCGAGCCGCGGCGCCCGCCGCCCUACGCUCGCCCAAUCUCGCGGGCAAGGCGCCUCCCUCGCCGGGGUCCCUGGUGGCGCCCGGCCGCCUCUCCCGGCGAAGCGGCGGCGUUCCGGGCGCGAAGGACAAGCCCCCGCCGGGAGUUGGGGCCAGAGCGGCGGGCGGUGCCAAGGCUGCCUUGGGAAGCAGGAAGGCGGCGCGCGUGGCGCCCGCGGAGCCGUUGUCCCGGGCUGGGAAGCCUCCCGGAGCCGAGCCGCCGCCCGCCGCUACCAAGGGCCGCAAAGCCAAGCGCGGCUCCCGGGCGCCCCCCGCCCGCACCAUCGGUCCUCUGACCCCGGCCGCCCGGAUCCCCGCCGUGACCCUCGCGGUGACCUCGGUGGCCGGCUCCCCGGCCCGCGGCUCGCGCAUCAGCCACACCGACAGCAGCUCAGACCUCUCCGACUGCCCCUCCGAACCCCUGUCGGACGAGCAGCGCCUGCUGCCUGCCGCUAGCAGCGAUGCCGAAUCCGGCACAGGCUCCAGCGACCGAGAACCCUCGCGAGGAGCACCGACGCCGAGCCCGGUAGCCCGGGGAGCGCCGCCUGGCAGCCCCGAGCCCCCCUCGCUCCUCGCCGCUCCUCUUGCCGCCAGCGCCUGUCCCGGGGGCCGGAGCAUCCCGGGCGGGGUUUCCGGGGGGUUCGUGGGGCCCGGCGCGGCGGAGGAUGCCAGGGGGCGCGCGCCGCUGGAGCGACCCGUCCCCGGGACCCCCAGGGAGCUCAGCCUGGGCGAGCAGCCUCGACUCGUGCCAGCGGCGGAGGAAGAGGAGCUGUUGCGGGAGAUGGAGGAGCUGCGCUCGGAGAAUGACUAUCUCAAGGAUGAAUUAGAUGAACUCCGUGCUGAGAUGGAAGAGAUGAGAGACAGUUAUUUAGAGGAAGAUGUUUACCAGCUGCAGGAACUUCGGCGAGAAUUGGACCGUGCUAAUAAAAACUGUCGAAUCCUGCAGUAUCGUCUCCGGAAAGCUGAGCAGAAAAGCCUGAAAGUGGCCGAGACGGGUCAGGUGGAUGGUGAGCUUAUUCGAAGCCUGGAGCAGGACUUGAAGGUAGCCAAAGAUGUGUCUGUCAGAUUGCACCAUGAACUUGAGACGGUGGAGGAAAAGCGCGCUAAAGCUGAAGAUGAAAAUGAAACUCUCCGACAGCAGAUGAUUGAAGUGGAGAUAUCCAAGCAGGCCCUCCAGAAUGAGCUCGAGAGGCUGAAAGAGAGUUCCCUAAAAAGAAGAAGCAGUCGGGAAAUGUACAAAGAGAAGAAGACCUUUAACCAGCAGAAUGGUGGAAUGGAGCGCCCUGGGAACUGCAGGCCCGCAACCAAAACCCAAAGGAAGCUGGCGCCCCGGCGCAAGGAUGACAGUGCCGAUUUGAAGUGCCAGCUCCAAUUUGCCAAAGAGGAAGCCUUCCUGAUGCGCAAAAAGAUGGCCAAGCUAGGAAGGGAGAAGGAUGAGCUGGAGCAGGAGCUCCAGAAGUACAAGUCCCUCUAUGGGGAUGUGGACAGCCCCCUGCCCGUGGGGGAAGCAGGCGGGCCCCCCAGCACCAGGGAGGCUGAGCUGAAGCUGCGGCUGAAGAUGGUAGAGGAGGAAGCCAACAUCUUGGGCCGGAAAAUAGUCGAGCUGGAGGUUGAGAACCGUGGCCUCAAGGCGGAGAUGGAGGACAUGCGGAGCCAGCAGGAGCGGGAGGGCGCGGGCCGAGACCACACACCCAGCAUUCCUACCUCACCCUUCGGCGACUCCCUGGAGUCCUCCACGGAGCUCCGCCGCCACCUGCAGUUUGUGGAAGAGGAAGCGGAGCUGCUCCGGAGGUCCAUCUCCGAGAUUGAAGACCACAACCGGCAGCUGACGCACGAGCUCAGCAAGUUCAAGUUUGAGCCUCCCCGGGAUCCGGGCUGGCUCGGGGAGAGUGUGAGUCCUAGUGCUGGGGGUGGGACCCCCCUGCAAGAGGAGCUGAAGUCGGCCAGGCUGCAGAUCAGCGAGCUCAGUGGCAAGGUGCUCAAACUACAGCACGAGAACCACGCGCUGCUGUCCAAUAUCCAGCGCUGUGACCUGGCCGCCCACCUGGGGGUGCACGCCCCCAGUCCUCGAGACAGUGAUGCCGAGAGCGAUGCAGGCAAGAAGGAGAGCGAUGGGGAGGAGGGCCGCCUGUCCCAGCCCAAGCGGGAAGGGCCUGUUGGCGGGGAGAGUGAUUCGGAGGAAAUGUUCGAGAAUACGUCAGGCUUUGAGAGCGGGAAGCCAUCGGAGGCCAGUGAGCCGUGCCCCACGGAGCUCCUGAAGGCCCAGGAGGACUCCGAGUGUCUAGUGACCCUAAAGCACGAGGCCCAGCGGCUGGAGCGGACCAUGGAGCGCCUCAUCACAGACACUGACUGUUUCCUCCACGAUGCCGGGCUGCAGGGUGGUGCACCCUCACCAGGGCCUGGCCUCCAGGGUGAAGAAGAUCAGGGCGAGGGGGACCAGCAGGAGCCCCACCUGCUGGGGACCAUCAAUGCCAAGAUGAAGGCUUUCAGGAAGGAGCUGCAAGCCUUCCUGGAGCAGGUGAACCGCAUUGGGGAUGGCCUGUCCCCCUUGCCCCACCUCACAGAGUCCUCCAGCUUCCUCUCCACUGUGACUUCUGUGUCCCGGGACUCCCCCAUCGGGAACCUGGGGAAGGAGCUGGGCCCCGACUUGCAGUCCAGACUGAGAGAGCAGCUGGAGUGGCAGCUUGGGCCAGCCCGAGGGGACGAGCGGCAGAGCCUGCGCCUCCGAGCCGCGCGGGAGCUGCACCGCCGCGCAGACGGGGAUGCUGGGAGCCACGGGCCAGGACGCCAGAGCUGCUUCAGCCUGGAGCUCAGGGGCCCCCCUGUUUUACCUGAGCAGAGUGUAUCCAUAGAGGAGCUACAGGGUCAGCUCAUGCAGGUGGCCAGACUGCAUCAAGAGGAGACAGAGACAUAUACAAACAAGAUCCAUAAGAUGGAGGAGGAGCACCUCUAUGCCUUGAGAUGGAAAGAACUGGAAAUGCACAGCCUGGCUUUGCAAAACACCCUCCAUGAGCGAACCUGGAGUGAUGAGAAGAAUCUGAUGCAGCAGGAGCUCCGGUCCUUGAAGCAGAACAUUUUCCUCUUCUACGUCAAACUCAGGUGGCUGCUGAAACACUGGCGGCAAGGAAAGCAGAUGGAGGAGGAAGGAGAGGAGUUCACUGAGGGUGAGCAUCCAGAGACCCUCCCCAGGCUCGGAGAGCUUGGAGUCCAGGCGGGUCACCAGGUGGAUGGCCCAGACCGCGACGACAGUGACCGAGGCUGUGGCUUUCCGGUGGGGGAGCACCCCCAACACUCCCGGCUGCAGAUUGGAGACCACAGCUUGCGACUGCAGACUGCAGACAGGGGACAGCCCCACAAGCAGGUGGUGGAAAACCAGCAACUGUUCAGUGCCUUCAAGGCCUUGCUUGAGGACUUCCGCGCGGAGCUGCGGGAGGACGAGCGUGCCCGACUGCGGCUGCAGCAGCAAUAUGCCAACGACAAGGCAGCCUGGGACGUGGAGUGGGCCAUGCUCAAGUGCCGCCUGGAACAGCUGGAAGAGAAGACUGAGAACAAGUUGGGAGAACUAGGCUCCUCCACUGAGAGCAAGGGGGCCUUGAAGAAGGAGAGAGAGGUGCACCAGCAGCUCCUGGCUGACAGUCACAGCCUGGUCAUGGACCUGCGCUGGCAGAUCCAUCACAGCGAGAAGAACUGGAACCGGGAAAAGGUGGAACUUCUUGACCGCCUGGACAGAGAUCGGCAAGAGUGGGAGCGGCAGAAAAAGGAACUCUUGUGGAGGAUAGAGGAGUUGCAGAAAGAGAACAGUCCCCGGAGAGCUGGCAGUUUCCUCUGUGAUCAAAAAGACGGCAGCGUUCGCCCCUUUCCCCACCAGGGAAGCCUCCGCAUGCCCCGUCCUGUGUCCAUGUGGCCUUGCGCAGACGCCGACUCGGUUCCAUUUGAAGACCGGCCGCUGUCCAAGCUGAAGGAGUCGGACAGGUGCUCAGCCAGUGAGAACCUCUACCUGGAUGCCUUGUCCCUGGAUGAUGAGCCAGAGGAGCCACCAGCCCACAGGCCUGAGAGGGAGUUCAGGAACCACCUCCCUGAGGAAGAAGAAAAUCACAAGGGAAAUCUGCAAAGGGCAGUGUCUGUGUCCUCCAUGUCCGAGUUCCAGCGCCUAAUGGACAUCUCCCCCUUCCUGCCUGAGAAAGGCCUGCCAUCCACCAGCAGCAAGGAGGACGUCACCCCGCCCCUGUCUCCAGACGACCUCAAGUACAUUGAGGAGUUCAACAACAAGAGCUGGGACUACUCACCCACCAGGGGCCACAAUGGUGGGGGGCCGGAGCUCUGGACCGAGAGGACCGAGGUGGGGCGGGCAGGGCACGAGGACAGCACAGAGCCUUUCCCUGACUCCUCCUGGUACCUGACUACAAGUGUCACCAUGACCACGGACACCAUGACCAGCCCAGAGCACUGCCAGAAGCAGCCGCUGCGGAGCCAUGUCCUCACUGAGCAGUCAGGGGUGCGCGUGUUACACAGCCCGCCUGCCGUGCGCAGGGUGGACAGCAUCACGGUGGCAGGGGGUGAGGGUCCCUUUCCCACAAGCAGAGCCAGAGGGAGCCUGGGAGACACCAAGGGGGGCCCUCCAGAACCCAUGCUAAGCAGGUGGCCUUGCACCUCCCCCAGGCACUCCCGGGACUACGUGGAGGGGACACGGCGCCCCCUUGAUACCCCCCUCUGCACCUCCCUGGGGUUUGCUUCCCCACUGCACAGCCUGGAGAUGUCCAAGAACUUGAGUGAUGACAUGAAGGAGGUGGCCUUCUCUGUCAGGAAUGCCAUCUGCUCUGGCCCUGGCGAGCUGCAAGUCAAGGACAUGGCCUGCCAGACCAAUGGGUCCCGGACGAUGGGGACCCAGACUGUUCAGACUAUCAGUGUGGGCCUGCAGACUGAAGCCCUGCGUGGUGUCACCAGCAGCCCCCACAAGUGUCUCACACCAAAAGCUGGGGGCGGUGCUACACCCGUGUCGUCUCCUUCCCGAAGCCUUAGGAGCAGGCAGGUGGCCCCGGCCAUUGAGAAGGUGCAGGCUAAGUUUGAACGCACAUGCUGCUCCCCCAAGUAUGGUUCUCCCAAGCUGCAGAGGAAGCCCCUCCCCAAAGCUGACCAGCCAAAUAACAGGACGUCACCAGGGAUAACCCAGAAAGGGUACAGUGAGUCAGCCUGGGCCCGCUCCACCACCACCAGGGAGAGCCCCGUGCACACCACCAUCAAUGAUGGCCUUUCCAGCCUCUUCAACAUCAUCGACCACAGCCCCGUGGUGCAGGACCCCUUCCAGAAGGGGCUGCGGGCCGGUAGUCGGUCUCGCUCAGCAGAACCCCGACCAGAGCUGGGCCCAGGCCAGGAAACAGGCACCGAUUCCCGAGGAAGGUCGCCUAGCCCCAUUGGGGUAGGCUCAGAGAUGUGCAGGGAGGAAGCGGGAGAGUGCACGCCAGUGAGGCAGGACUUAUCUGCUCCCCCUGGCUACACACUCACUGAGAAUGUGGCCCGGAUCCUCAACAAGAAGCUACUGGAGCAUGCCUUAAAGGAGGAGAGGAGGCAGGCUGCGCACGGGCCCCCAGGUCUCCACAGCGACAGCCACUCACUGGGGGACACGGCCGAGCCAGUGACCAUGGAGGAACUACCUUGUUCUGCACUAGCUCCAUCCCUAGAGCCCUGCUUCUCCAGGCCGGAGAGACCAGCAAACCGUCGCCCUCCGUCCCGUUGGGCCCCACAUUCCCCCACUGCCUCACAGCCUCAGUCACCCGGAGACCUGACGUCCUCAGAGGAACACGGUGGUGAGGAGCCACCCGAGGAGAAGCCACACCAUGAUGCAAGCUUGCAUGGAUUAUCACAGUAUAAUUCACUGUAAUUUGCAUAACCACACCAUCGCCAUGAACAAAAAAAACUCUGCCCAAAAGGAGAGAUCUAGUUUUCUCAAGGUCAAAGAAUGUUUUUAAAAACACACAGCUGCUGAAUGUUCAACCUGUGAAACUGAGAUGUUUCCAGAAUGAAACAGUAAAUGUGCCUGUAAUAACUUAAUUUUUUUCAUAGCUCAGAAAACUAUUUUUGUCUCCAUCUUUUUUAUACACAAUAUAUUAAAAAGGUAAAUAAGGUAUAAAUAGAUUUAAAAAUAAAAGUUUUAAAAAAUGUACAUUUAAAGAAAUUCUGAACACUCUUGCUGUCAAUACCUGACUGCCUCUCUGUUAACUUUGCACUGUUAGAUUUCGGUUUGGUUUAUUUCCGUGUUGAAUUAGAGUGGAUUAAGUUAAUUUUAUUUUGUCAGAGUUACUGUUUUUUAAGAAUUUUUUAAUGCUUCAGACUGUCUGAUUCAGUGAACUUUUUGUAGUGAAAAUGCCACAAAGCCAGUAGACAAGACAGAUAUUCUGUAUACUGGAGGGAAUACAGGACAUUUUUGAAAGGGUACGAAGUCCUCAGUGGGCUUAGAAAAGUCACUGUAUCAUCCAUAUAUUAUCUUACUCGGCUUGCACGUCUUCGGGUGCAUGUAUAUACCGCUACUGUGUCCUCGCCACCACCUAAAUGUGACUCAGUCUAUUCCACUGUAAUAUGUCGUGAAAUUCCUUGUACUGUACUUUUAUUGUUGGUCUUCUUGCAUCGAUGAUACAACAGCAACGACAUUUUUAAAUUAUUGUGAAAAGAUUAACUGGCAAUGUACAGCGUUUACUCAAAAUUUUCUUGUUUAAGGGAAGACACUACAAAAAGUCACGAGGAUACCAAAUGGAAACACAUGAUGGUGCCUCUGAGUCUGUAUGAGACCAUGAUGAAGUAGAAAUAAAGCCUUUCCGAGAUGGCA